UUAUAUUUAAUACACCAAUUUCAAAUGGUCCCAUUAUGGUGGACCGGAUGUGGAAUGCAAGGAACACAGCACUACUGAAAAAAUCUCGUGGAACGCAAAUGGAAUGCAAGUGGAACGCAUGUCUGACGUCCGGAACGCAAUGUCAUGACGUCAUACACCCGGACCCAGGAAGUGAUCGCAAUCUGACCGGGAGCAGCUGA